ACCAAACAUAAAGAACUGCCGACAUUUCUGGGUCACACGUAUACAGUGUCACACCCCUUGUGGUGGUGGACGUUUUUUUGAGACUCUGUUCUCUUGUUCAUACUCUGUUGAGUUAAAAGAGAGAGAGAAACAAUGUUCGCCCUCUUUAACCAUCAACUGCCCCCUUCCCUUCUAUUCUUUUAUCAGCCAGGUGCUUUGUUUUUUCUGUUCCCACUUAUAACUCAUUUCUCUUGAGAACAACACAACAAACCAACCUUUUUACUGUGAAAAAAACUACCUUUACUGGUCUCCUAUACAUACAAAUACACUCCACUGCCAAUCGCAAAGCUUCCACUUUUUUCUUCUGGGAUCUCCUGCUCAGUGUUCUUACAGAUUGGAAUUGCCGGUUCCUGCUGACAAUUGAAGGAUACACACUCGUUUCAGGACUUGAACAUGUUGAAGCAGUCAUCCAGUAGAAACCUGAGGUCCAAAGGCUUUAAGGUAAAGCAUUUCAUUCAGGUAUUUCUGUUGCUUGCCAUUGGCGUCUGGUUGGUCAACCAGCUCAAGCAUUCUUACCAUAAGAAGGCAGGAUAUGAGGAUAGUACUGGGAAGAUCUCAGAAGAGGUUCGAGGCGAUCAUGAAGUAGUAAAACUUGGGAGGAAAGGCCUCCAUCCUCGGGUAAGGGAAACAGAUUUAGAGAUUGAAAAUCAUGAAGGUAAAGCAGAAUUGGAAGAAGAAAUCGAAGAAAUUAAACCUGGAGAAAUUGAGGAUGAAGGAAGUGGUGGGGAUGAAGAAAUAGAUGGACAUGAUCAAGUAAGAACAGAAGAGGAAGAAACUGAGGAAGUAGAGGAUCUCAUUGAUGUAGACGAUAAGGAAAGGGAAGGAACAAAUGAAGAUCAAGAGAUUGAAGAGAAGGGCGAUCAACUUGAGGAUGUAAGUUCACUAGAUGAUCAAACCCAAAAUGAAGGCGAAAGGAAUUUACAACAGUUAAGAGAAGAACAUUACAGGGGAGAUGAUGCAUCUAGCUCUGUGAUGCAGAACUCCCUAUCAAUAAUCACACAACUUGGGAUUGGUGGUCUGAGAAAGAUUAAGGAAAACGAGAUAGAUAAUGCAGAACACAUAAAAUUAAAGCAAGGGUAUAAAAGCCAUGGCGAUGAGGAGGUUGUUUUUUACCCAAUCAGGUCAGGUCCAUACGGAAAUGAUGCAAAAGAUAUUUCCCGUUCAUUGAUUGAUGAUCAUAUUGAUGGAGGAGGAGUUUUAGGGAAAGCCACGGCCUCUCUUUCUAUGAAAUACUAGAACGGGUCAUGAAGCUUGAUGCAAAUGCUGCAGGGAAGCCUCCAAAUCGUGAGCUAGAAUAAUGAUAAAUAAGCAGGAGCAUUUAGGAUAUAUACUUGUAUGAACCAUCAGAGAGAAUGCAGAGAAAAAGAUCUGCAUUAGUUAGUGACUGCUAGUGAGGAUGUAGGUGCUCUUUCCUUCUGAUUCCUCCCAAGGUGCUGAGGAUCAGCCUGUCGUCGCUACAUAGCGGGACAGGAAGCAAGUUAUUUGGUGUGGUUAAAAUAUCCACCCUCUGGAAUUGGGUGAUUUGAAGUCCUAGACAUUCUGUAUUCAUGUAUUCUGUAGCCUAGGGGGAGCAAUUGUACAUACAUGUUUCUCUUUGUUUAUGUCUUUAAAUUCCCUUA